AUGGACCAUCGAACUAACCCGUAUGGGAUGCCUGCGGGUCGUGUGGGAAUGCCUAACGGAAUGCCACAACAGCCACAACCUGGUAUGCAGCAUCAUUACGGCAUGCAGGACAUAAUGUUUGAUCCACUACCUAUGAAUAAUGGCAUGUACCACCAGCCGCCGUCAAUACACCAACACGGAAACUUGGGAGGCCUCAUUCAGCCUGGCAUGGUGGCUCCAGAGGACGACCCACGGUUUGUGGAUGAUCUGUUGGGUGCGCUAGGGAGCGACCCGACAGGUCUUAGCGGUCAUCAGCAACACCUUGGGCAGAUACCUGGUCACAUCUAUGAUCAGCCACACAUGAUGCCUCCACAAUCCCAGACACCUGAGCUACAGGUAGGACGGACGCAGGGUGUUCCCAUUGAAGCUCAAACUCCGCUCAUGCAGCAAAGUGGCAUACUCGGCUCCAUGCACAUGAAUCCAUUGGGACCAAAUAGCGUUGGACAUGGCGCAAGUAUGGGCGUCGCUAUGCAGCAGCAAAACAUGAGCUCAUCGGCAGUUUCGGGAGAUAUUGGAACACUUGCAAGUCUAGGUGCCCCCAUUUCAGCGGCUUCUUCAGCGCCUCGACAGGCGGCCGUACCCCCCAGCGCCAUUGUACCGACAUCAACGGCGUUUAAAUCAAUGUCUAACUCGCGUGCACUCGCUACAUCUAGCAACAAUGGGGGAAGUAGUGACGAGGACGGCAAUGAGGACGAUACGCAGAAGAAGAAGGAACGCCGACGCCAACAAGUUCGAUACGCAUCGCGUCGUCGCCGAAAAAAACAGAAAGAUGAGGAAAGUUUUUUGCGGGAUCGUAUCGCGGAGCUCAAGGAGCAAAUCCGCAUUAUUGGAGGUGAUCUAACAGAGCAGUGCUCUCAGAUGGCUGGUAUGAGCGAGCAGGCCCUCACGGAGGCGUAUGAAAAGCAGAUGCUAACGGUGCAGACAUUACGCAAAGACAACAACAAGCUUAAAGAGCAGCUGUUACAGCACGAGAAUUUUGCCCGUAUGAUACAGUACGGUUUGAAUGCGCUUCCAAGCGACUGUCGCGAUGUAGAUCGAAAGAAAAUUGCUGGUGUCCCAAUGUGGAUUAGCGACCAGAUGAAUCCUUUGAAGGGUCCAACACUGGUCGUGGAUUUAAAUAUGUGUCACGAGGCUGUGCGCCACGCAUAUAACGAGCUGAAGUCUUUCGGUCCGACGGUAAAUUCUAAGACGAAUGUGUGCUAUGCGAUGGGGUGGAAAACGGAGCUUUGGGCUGCGAGUACGUGCCUGAACUUUCGUGCCGUGCGCUCUAUCAGUGACAAAAAUAUCCGUGAGGUUGCGAAUGCCUCAUGGGAUAUCAUCACAUCUCCUGAGAAGUGCAAACGUAUUUACCCUGAUGUGAAGCAGUUUCGUAUCUUGCAAAAAGUGACGGAUGAUAUCGUAGUUGUACACCGAAUUGCGUCUGUGGCGUCAGAUUUGUCGGAUCGCGAGUUUAUCUCUGUGGCGUUUCGCUUGCGCGAUGGCGAUGACUAUUAUAUCGGUCUUAAGUCUAUCACAGUGCAGACAGAGGCUGCCGAAAACUGCAUUCGUGGUGAGGAGUGUCAGGGUUGGAUGUUUAUUGGGGGUGCAGACGAGACGUCCCAAUGGAAGGCGCAUUUUUUGGGCUACUACGACGUCAAGGGUGAGAAGGACGACAAGGUGCUAAACCAGCUAGCCAAUGAAGCUAUGUUUGGUAUGCUGCGGUGGGAGAGCGAGGCGAUGCACCCACUCAGCGUGUAA